AUGUCGGUGCAACAAGACCUCGCGAGCUGUCAAUCUAUCCAGGACAUUAGUGACUGCCUCACGUCUGCCCUGCAGCAGCAUCUACCACCAAGAUCUGGCAGCACGAGGCUGGCACCAUGGCAGUCACCGGCAAUGCAAGGAGGCAUACGUGCCAUGUGGGCCCACUACCGACAGUGGCGUCAGGCGGCCAGCCGCCAAACCUCCACCAUUUGCAGAGCGUGGUUUCGCUUCGCCAAAUUCCAGAAGGCCCACAGGGGAUUUCGCCGUGCUGCUAAACAUGCCUGGUACUCCGACAGGCUUCAGGAGCUGGGUACACAUGCCCGUCGACACAAUAUCCGUGCGCUUUACCAGGGGGUCCAGCGACUGGCACCCAAGAAGCGGUUUGUUCAGGUACAGCUACGAGCCCCGGAUGGAGGCCUGAUCUUUGCGGAGAAACAGGCUGUCCCAGAACACCUUGCUCCGAUAGCGGCCUGGCGCCUCUGCUCAGACGUGGUCAUGCCCAAGCUGGCUGAGAUUGUCAAUAACCUCACUGCUGUCGACGAGCUUUGGCACGUGGCCUGGCUAGCGCUCAUUCCGAAGAUCACGCCCCAGAAUUCUGCUGGAGGCCUGCAGCUAUCACUCGACCUAAGCUCAGCCUUUGACCACAUGGAGUGGGCACACAUAGUGUUAGAAUGGUACCGCGAUAUCAAGUAUGUCCUCACCAUACAAGGCCAGACUGUUGACAUACCCGCAAGCCGAGGCUUGAAACAAGGAUGCCUCAUAGCGCCGCUCAUAUGGUCACUCGUGACUGGACGCUUCCUGUAUGAGCUUGCCCUCUGCACUGACCCACUUUGGGUCACCGCAGAUGUCACGACCUAUGCCGACGACUUCCAUGCAGGUCAGCUUCUUGACGUCCUCUGCGCGGCCGGCCUUACGGUCAAUGCCCAGAAAUCCGCGGUUUUGCGCUUGCGCACACCCAAGGGUCUGCUCUUCGAGUUCCCGGUAGCCGAGGUUCACACCUACUUAGGAGUUCGGAUCAGCUACAAGAAUCCCCGCCUUGCCACCUUGCAAUACCGUGUCCAGCUUGUGCAGGCCGAAUGGUCCAGACUCCGGAAGGUAGUGUGCUCUAAGAGAGGCCUCUUCCUCAAAGAUCGCCUUAAUAUUUGGCGAGCUAGCACACUUCCGAUGCUCACAUAUGGGCUUGCGGCCACCGGCUUGCCUGCAGGUGGUCUCCAACAGCUCCGUACCCUCUAUCUUCGGCAACUACGUGCCAUUCUCAGAUCCCCAGCGCAUCUGAGUCAUGUCAGCAACGAUGCUAUCCUCGAAAAAGCUGGGGUGCUGGAUGUGUCUGUCCUUAUCACCAGGGACCUGCAACGUCUCCAGGCCAACCUGUGGCAACUCCAAGCCGCGGACUCCUCUUUGCUUGCCUCGUGCGUCCUACGCUUUGCCGAGGGUCUUCAGACCUCCUUGGACUCGCAACCUCCUCCUCGAGGCCAUGCCCCAGGAGCCCGCGAAUGUGAACCUGAGGCCAUCCUGGAAUGUCGCUUCUGCGGAGAGACCUUUGCUACCUACCACCUUCGUCGCGCCCAUGAAGCCAGGAAACACCAAGUCCGCACAACCAAGCAGGCAGUGUUCGAAUUCGACAGGUACAAGCACAGCAUCGAUGGUAUGCCCACGUGUGGCCUGUGCAGGUAUCCGUUCCGCAAAUGGAGCAACCUUCGCAACCAUAUUGCCAGAGGCCAAUGUCCAUUCCUCUGUUCUCAAAAGGAUGCGACCACCGCCGUACCUGUUCAGCCGCUCACUAGGGCCCCGGCCGAUCCUGAGGCCCUGGAGAUGACUGCGCAGGAGCGCCAAUUCUUCGGAGGAGUUUGUCCGUCGCUUCAGCCCAAGAGGGACAGGGAGGAAGGCCCCUCGGAGAAACGGCCCCGGACAGCCGAUGCCCUGACCGCCUUCCAUCCACAGGCAGCCGUGCAGAUGCCUCAGGACCACUGGCCCGCGGGACAAGGAUCAUGGAGCACACCCUGGACUUCGGAGUACGGUAUACCGGACAUGAUUCAGAAGCUCACCUCCUUGGCGAUCAAACACGAGUAUGCCAUCAACAGCAUGAUGCAGGACCACACGUUGUACCUCUUCGUGAAGCCAGGGGACGAGGGGCUGCUUCCGAUCCUGUUCGCCACCUCUUUAAAAGUGGAACGCCACAUACCAGGCGGAUCCGUCUUUAACGCGGAGCCACUACGUCUGGUUAUGAUGAAGGCUUUUCUUAUCGAGCUGGGUCAGAGACUGAAGGCGACGAAGGAUCAGCAGGAAUCCACGCAGAAGGCCAAAGAACUGGGAUGGCUGACGGAUCAGGGCCAGUGGAAGACUCUGGUUUGGGAUCCCACGACACAAGAUCUCAAGGAAAAGCAGGGAGGCAAGCGGCACUCGACCGACGACCUGAUAGGCCAAUCCGUGGAACUUCGCAAGAUCAUCACGGACGAGACCCUAUUUCGGUUUCAGUCCCUCCGGGGACUGAGUCGGGCUCCGCAAACGGCAUGGGUGCAGUUGGCGAUCGAGAUCAGCGUCAGGGACAUGGGGAACCGAGUGUGGGAAAUUCUUCAUUCCUGGAUAGGUUGCGCAGCCUUGCACACCAUGGGAUGCCGCCUCCGUCGCGAGCGCGGCGGACUCUCCCAACAGGCCAGGGCCCUCCGCGGAUGCUUGUCUUACUGGAAUGUUCGUGAUGAUAUCCCAGGCCUGUCUCAGAUUCUGCGAUGCCUUCUGUGGCCACUCUGGUGCGACACCGCCAGGUCCCAGCAUGUGCAUGGGUUGCUUAAGCAUCUCUGGCAUAGAAUUUGCACCACUCCCGAUGCUCUAAUCUCCCUCAAAGGUGAUCUACUCUGGUCUGCUGUAGCGGGGGGUAUACCGUCCACGGCGCAGGCCCCUCACUUGCGUGCUCAACUCCAAUACCUGCUACAACAACUUGCACUUGGUGACCUGUCAGGUCUGUGGGAAUGGUGUGAAACAGGGGUCACUGCUACACCUGCUUCCGAGCAGGCAGACUUGACAAUUCCCAUGCCGAUAAUCUUUCCCGUGCAACCUGAUUCUACAGCAGGUGGCCUAUGGGGAUGGGGAGACUCUGCCUUUAGGCCGGUGCUCCGAACUGCGCCGCCUACCUUGUAUACAUAUGUGUACAAUCAAUGUGCAGGUUCUGCAUUGGUCACCGGGCCGAACACAUUGCAGGCUUGGCUAGCUGCCGCUGGGGAGGCCUGUACGCUCACCAUUGAGCCGACUGAUGGACCCUCAUAUCAAUGUCUGUAUGAGGCACGCUCAGUUAUCCUGCAUCGACCAUCCGGCGAUCCAUGCAUUUACUUCGCAUUGCAUCGAAAACUGUGCGAUGAUGUGCUGUCCCCCUUUGCACCUGCACUGACCGAAGCAGACACACCUGAUAUGUGGCCGCUGGUCGGCACGGUGGCGGUGAGCGCUGUGCCCGCUGGUGCUGCUGCCGUCUCGAGGCGACGGGCGCGGCGUGUGCAGAGAACUCCACGUCGGGAGGGCGAUGCCUCGGACCGUCAGGGCAGCAUCCUUGCUUUACGCAGGCCAGUCAUCCCGCUAUGA